AUGUCUCCUCCUCAGCCUGAAACCAGGAUCGUCGAUUCGGCGCCCGCUGCCGCUCUCGCUGUUCCUGUCGGACAGUCUGAGUCCAAUGGUUCUACCGCUGCGAGUGUUACACCUGCCGCCGCACCCACCACCAACGGCUCCAGUCUCAAACUCGGCAAACUCAACGGCACUUCCGACGGCACUUCCAACGGCUUCUCCAACGGCAUCCCCGCUGCCAACGGCAAUGCUAUCGUCAGAUAUGCUCCGGGAGGCAAGGUCAAGCUGACCAACUACCCCUCCAUCGCCAACGCUCCUCUUCCUGCCGAGGGCAACGGCUCGUUCAACAACUUCCACCUUGCCGCGCUCAUCUUGAUCGCCCCCGCCAUUGUGCUCCGACUCAUUCCUUUCGUCAACCCCAAGUGGUUCGGUUGGUUCAGCUACAUCCUUCUCUGCGCCCUGUUUGGCGGCCCCGUCGCUAUCGGAUACUGGACCGUCAUGUCGACCUACGGUCCUCGCAAGAACGAAAAGGUUACGCUCCCUGGCAAGCCGCUGGAAUUCUACAUGGAUAUCAAGGACCCUGAGCUUCGCAAAAAAUACAACGGCGACAAGAAGAUCCCUUACCAGACAUUCCAUGACGCCUACUUUGCUGCCAAGAUUGAGCCCAAGAUGCCGCUGAACGAGUUGCUCGAGUACCGAUGGGACUGGUGCUCGAUGCAAUUCACCUGGCCUUUGUUCGAGUAUGUUCUGUUCAACUUGAUCCCGGAUGUGCUCAUGCAUACUGCCAAGCAGGACGAGACUCAGAUCCAGGACAACUACGACCGCGGUGAUGACUUCUAUUCCUGGUUCCUCGGCCCGCAGAUGAUUUACACUUCCGGCAUCAUCUCGGACCCCAACAAGGCCGAGACACUCGAGGAACUGCAAGACAACAAGCUCAACCUCGUCUGCUCCAAGCUCGAUUUGCAAAAGGAGGACCGCGUCCUCGACAUUGGAUGUGGUUGGGGUACCUUUGCUACCUUUGCCGCCGUCAACUACGGAUGUGAUGUCACCGGUGUUACGCUCGCAAAGACCCAGACUCGCUUCGGAAACGACCGUCUCAAGAAGAACGGUAUCGACCCUAGUCAGGCACGCAUCUUGAACCUCGAUUACCGCGACAUUCCCGUGCAGCCUGGACACUAUACCAAAAUCAUCUCGCUCGAGAUGGCCGAGCACGUCGGGAUUCGUCACUACGACAAAUUCCUCUCGGAUGUCUACAACCUUCUUGACGAUGAUGGAGUCUUUGUUUUCCAGGUCGCUGGUCUUCGCCCCACUUGGCAGUUCCAUGAUCUGCAGUGGGGUCUUUUCAUGAACAAGUACGUGUUCCCCGGUGCCGAUGCCUCGUGUUCGCUUGGAUGGGUUGUUUCGCACCUCGAAAAGGCGGGUUUCGAAAUUCGCUCGGUCGACGUUGCCGGCGUUCACUACUCGGCUACCAUUCUGCGAUGGGCUCAGAACUGGGAGGCUAACAAGGACAAGGUGGUGGCCAAGUACGGUGACAAGAUGUACCGCAUCUGGUCCUUCUUCCUCUGGUCCAGUGUCAUCAUUGCCCGUGAAGGUGGUAGCUCCGUCUUCCAGUUUACCCUGCACAAGAACUUGAACGCCUACCACCGCAUCAACGGCGUCAAGUCUCACGGCGGUCUGCUGCCGCGUCCUCCCAUCAGCAAGUUCAAGUCGGUUUACAACUGA